GGCGUUUUUCUGGCUGGUGUCGCUGCUCCUGGCGUCUCUGAUCUGGUUCGUUUCGGUUCAUCUCAGUGAUCGGGAGGAUGCCAAGCUGCAGUACGGCCUCCUCAUCUUCGGGGCUGCCGUCUCCGUGCUGCUGCAGGAGGCUUUCAGAUUUGCCUACUUCAAGCUGCUGAAGAAAGCAGAUGAAGGGCUGGCGACGAUCAGCGAGGACGGCCGCUCCCCCAUCUCCCUCAGGCAGAUGGCGUACGUCUCGGGUCUGUCCUUCGGCAUCAUCAGUGGGGUGUUCUCUGUCAUCAACAUCCUGGCAGACUCCAUCGGGCCGGGCAUCGUGGGGAUCCACGGAGACUCGCCCUACUACUUCAUCACGUCCGCGUUCCUCACCAUGGCCCUGGUCUUGCUCCACACGUUCUGGGGAGUGAUCUUCUUCGAUGCCUGUGAAAAACGCCGCUACUGGUGCCUGGGGCUGGUGGUCGCCAGUCACCUCCUCACCUCGGGGCUGACGUUCCUGAACCCCUGGUACGAG